AUGAACCCAGAAAAAUAUCCAGAGCUUCCUCUUGUGAUUGGGAAGGUCAGUCACCACAGUAUCGAGCUGAGCUGGAUGAAUGCAGAGAAUAAACCUCGAAAUGGCCCCCCUGAACGCUGGACACGCUUCUCUGUGGAGCAGAUGGACCCCAAAACACAUACAUACAGCACCGUAUACAUGGUACAGCACCCAUCAUGUUGUAAGGGCUUGGAGCCCAGCACCUCCUAUGGUUUUAGACUGAGAGUCACCAGAGCCUCAGGGGAGUGCAGCCUCAGCCCUGUGCUCUCUGUCUUCACCACCCGAGAGCCUUUCAGUGGGAAGAAACUCCACCAGGCUGUGCACAGGGAGGAUGAUGAGGAGCUGACCACAGUUCUACAGUCAGGAACAGUCGACGUGGAUGUUUAUGACAAAAUGGGUUUCAGUCCUCUCAUGGUGGCAGCACAGAAAGGUUUCACCAGCUUAGUGGACAUUUUGGUGAAGCAUGGAGCUGAUAUUAACAAGAAAGACAGCACUGGAAAAGAAAGUCUAAUGCAGGCCUGUUUUGCCGGCCACCUUGACACAGUGAAGUAUUUACGUAACUGCGGCUCCACUUGUGAAUCUCAAGAUACAGACGGCUGCACACCGCUCCACUGGGCCGUGGAUGGAGUACACUUGCCUGUCAUUACAUAUAUGAUCCAGGAUGGUUGUGAGGUGAGAGGACGUGUUUUUUUGUCUCUCUGGACUCCUCUCAUGCGUGUGUCAGCCAUCAGUGGAAACGCUGCGGUCGCCUCCAUCCUCCUCCAGGCUGGAGCUGAUGUAAAUGUCCGUGACAAAGCUGGCAAGACACCUCUAAUGGUCGCUGUGCUGAAUAACCAUGUGGAACUGGUGAAACUUCUGCUUUAUGGUGGAGCAGAUCAUCACAUGAAGAACGAGUAUGGAGCAGGUGCAGCGGAUAUGGCAAAAGCAUUUGUGAGACAGGUAACCUGACAAACUAUACAAGAACGAAUUAAUAUUAUUUUGUAGCUUGGAACAAAAAGACAAUUUCUGUUUCAGAACAUCAUAAACUUGCUGGAUAAUAUAAGCUUGGAAGAUUCAAAUCGACUGACAUCAACGGUACAAUUCUCUUAUGGAGACAAGAAAUUAUCUUUAUC